AUGGAAAUUGAAAGCACCCUGACUAAAACUAUUAAUCUUCAUAGGAAAGAUUGGGCAGCUAGAUUACUCGAAGCAGUCUGGGCAUAUAGGACAUCAUGGAAAACAACAACAAGGUUUACUCCUUUUGAGAUGCUAUAUAGAAAGAAAGCAAUUAUGCCCAUUGAAUUUGAGCUUAAAAAUUUAAGAACAACAAUUGAAUUGGGGAUGGAUAUUACUAGUGCACAACAAGCAAGAAUUAUGCAACUCAAUGAGUUAGAUGGAGUCAGAACAACUGCCUUGCAAAACACAAAACUCCUGCAAAAUCAACGGAUCAAAUGGCAUGAUAAAUAUAUCAAGGAUAAAAACUUUCAAUCGGGAGAUUGGGCUCUCCUAUAUGAUUCCAGAUUGAAGUUAUAUCGUAAGACCUCGUCUAAAGAAGUGUUCCUGAAACAAUUUAAUUCAAACUCCGAUUCUCCUGCAACUUCAAACUUUGAGUUUCCUGCAACCGAUGAAGGUGGGACCUUAUCCCUGCCUUCUGAUUAA